GGGGCAGCCCGGCUGCGGAGGCCCGCGGGGAGGCGCCGCAUCCGGAGGCAGACCCGCACCGCAUAAAGCGGCAGACGCACAGUGUGCCCCGCAGCCGCUCGGGCCGGUCGCCACUGCCGAGAAGCUGCUCCGAUGCUCCAGAGCGGCCAUGGGCGUCCCGCACUGGUGGGACCAGCUGCGGGCUGGCAGCUCGGAGGUGGAUUGGUGCGAGGACAACUACACCAUCGUGCCUGCCAUCGCUGAGUUCUACAACACGAUCAGCAACAUCUUGUUUUUCAUUUUACCACCCAUCUGCAUGUGCUUGUUCCGCCAGUAUGCAACGUGUUUCAACAGCGGCAUCUACUUAAUAUGGACUCUCCUAGUUGUAGUGGGAAUUGGAUCUGUCUACUUCCAUGCAACUCUCAGUUUCCUGGGUCAGAUGCUUGAUGAACUUGCCAUCCUUUGGGUUCUCAUGUGUGCUUUGGCCAUGUGGUUUCCCAGGAGGUAUUUACCAAAGAUCUUUCGGAAUGACAGGGGCAGGUUCAAGGCAGUGGUGUGUGUCCUGUCUGCAGUUACAACAUGCCUGGCGUUUGUCAAGCCCUCCAUCAACAAUAUCUCUCUGAUGACUCUAGGGGUCCCAUGCACUGCCCUACUCAUUGCAGAACUGAAGAGGUGUGACAAUGUCCGAGUGUUUAAGCUGGGCCUCUUCUCCGGCCUCUGGUGGACCCUUGCCCUCUUCUGCUGGAUCAGCGACCGUGCCUUCUGUGAGCUGCUCUCUUCAGUUCACUUUCCAUACCUGCACUGUGUGUGGCACAUCCUCAUCUGUCUUGCUGCAUACCUGGGCUGUGUGUGCUUUGCCUACUUUGAUGCUGCCUCAGAGAUACCUGAGCAAGGUCCAGUCAUCAAAUUCUGGCCCAGUGAGAAAUGGGCUUUUAUCGGUGUCCCCUAUGUGUCCCUCCUGUGUGCCCACAAGAAGUCUCCAGUCAAGAUCACCUGACAGCAAGGCAGUGGCUUCUCUACUUAUUUCUCUUCAUGCACUGGGCUUCAUUUACUAGCAAAGAUGGCCACGGAGGUUGAAGAAUCGGUGUGGGUGUGUCUGUUUAAAAUUCUGUUCCUUUGGGUUCUAACUGGACCACUGUGCCUGGGAGGAGGUACAUCUUUUCCCCAGGAUGGGGGAUGGAGGGCUCAGGGACAGUAGGUGUGUCACUCAGUAUCCCUUCCAGGCACAUGGGAUUGCUGGGUUAUGUCCAUUAUGGCAGUGGCAGAGUAAUUCUUUGGGAGACCCAGGGCAGCAUCUUGCUGCAGAAGGUGGCUUGCUGUAGAUCCCACCAUCCCCACACUCUCUGAUUACACAGGAGUCAGCCUUGGGAUACACAAGACCUGAUUUUGUGAUGCAAAGUACUGGAGCUUUUCAUUUGCAGGGGGAAAAUUGUCCUUCAACAAAACCAAGUGGAUAAAACCCACAUGGGAGCUGUGGCUAAGGGGGCUGGCUUGUCACUUGCACCUCUCAGCUUUCCCAGGUUUUCCAAGAGCUUGUGGAUCCUUUCAACCACUACCUCUACUGAGAGAUAGAGAUUUGGCAUCAGAGGGUAAAACAAGUAAUACCCUCUAUGCCAAAACCUGCCCUCGGCUUUAAGCACUAUAUUAAAUAGUGUCAUUGUGUCUGCUCUCCCUGAAGCUCCAUAGCCUCAAACCCACAGACAACCACUCUGGUAUGAAGACUCCACACACAGCCCCUCUGCUUGUACUUGGCCUCUGUGAGAGCACCAACAGCUCAUUUGAGUCACUGAGGCAGCUCUGGUUUUGUCUGUAGAGUGUGUGCGAAGCUUUGGGAAAGCCUUUCUUAUUGGAAGCUUCCGGGAUGUCGUUACCUCCAAGACUCUGAUGCCAUCCCUCUGCUGUUUCCAGGGGUGUGGGCCUCCUGCUUUUUCUCUCACAAUACCUGGUGCUAACUGGUUUCUGAGAGCACUUGACUCUUUGCUCUUCUGUCAGUCACUACACUUUGAUUUGCUGAUUGGGGGUCACAGGUGGGUAGGGGCCUCCAGGGUAUGAGGUGGGGUAUCUCAGGGAUGUUUGUAACUCAUGCACCUUUGCUUUCUGACAUUCCAUUGUGGGGAGUGGGGUAGUACUCAGGGGGUGGAGUCAUGCCAUUGUUCUGAGUGGUGGAGCAUGUCCUGAAUCAGGAGGAGCUAGUCAGGUUCUGACACUUCAGGAACUCUUACCUUGGCUAGAAUUUGCACAGGGUCCACAAUAGAAACUGAACUUAAAUUUUUUACAUGAAUGGACUUCAUUCUACUUUUGUGACCUUGAAGUUUUAUAAGUAACUUGCUAGGCUAUUUCUUGUCUAUAGUAACGAAUCUUUAUGGGACACAGCUUCGUGAAGUAAGUUGUCUUUUAUUAAAUUUAUAGCGUUUACUAAAUCUCCCAGGCAGCAAACACACACGUUAGUUGAUUGGAAUUUCCAAGGCAGAAAUACUUGGCUUUGAGUGAGUGUAUAUGUUAUAUUAUUAUAGCUUAAAACAUAUUUAAAAUGACUUUGAGUUGAAUGUUUGUGGCAACCUAGGGGCUCAUGGACUAGCAUUGCUGCUGAGCCCUUUGGGUUUUGAGUCUACAAUUUUUCAGAGGGCAAAAUCAAACCAUCCUUGUUUCUGGUUUGUAUUCCCAGGCUUGUAGCCUGAUCUUAUCUAUUUUACACUAUAUAAAUGUCCUGAAGACAACACCCAGCUGCCUGGGUCUGGAAGGGUCGGCUGGGGCUGGAGAGUUGGGUCAGCAGUUAAGAGUAUAUGUUACUUUCCCAGAGGACUUGGUUCCUACCAUACACAUGAAACUCACAACCUCUAACUCCAGUGCCAGGGGAUCCAGUGCCCCCUUCUGAUGUGCACGUUGUGCACAUACAGGCAGGCAAAAUGGUCAUACACAUAGAGUAAAUAAAAUAGAUAAUUAAAAAAUUGGCUGUAGGAGAGGAUUUUUAGAUGCAAGUUUUAAUUCAUCCCAAGGGUUCUUCUGUGGCAGUGGUGUUGUCCUCAAAGUCAGGGAAGAAUCAUUUCUUUUCAUCAGGAAAGGGACUUACUACAUAAGGCCUCUGCAGACAUCCCUAGGAAUAGGGAUAAAAAUUAUUGGUGGAUAUGCUUGAACAUGAUUAGGUGAAAGGAAAUAACACCCCGACUCAGUAAGCAACUUCUCCCCAUUUGUGCCACCAUACCUGGCUUGGGAUGGAGUGUGUUUGGAGGCAAACACUUUGUUUUUUCUUCUGUCUUGACAGAGCUUUGCUCCUCCAGGCUGGCCUCAAACAGAUGGUGAGCCCCCAGAUUCAGUCUCUCAAAUGCUAGGUGUGAUUAUAGGAGUGAGCUACUACACCCAUCUUAAACAGAAAUCUGUAGCUUGCUAGCAAGGAACUAGACAUAUAUGAAUCUAAUUUUGAGCUGGGCUUUGGGCAUUGUUCAUAUUUAUAUUAAAGCUCUAUAUGUUUAGAGGAAGUUGGGACACUAGAAAAAAGCAGCAGAAGAAAAAAAUUACUCCUAACUCUGUUGCCUUACAGCAUCCCUUGCCAAUAUUUUGUCUUUGGUGUGUGUGUGUUUCCUUUCUAUCCUUUCUGCCCUACUUCAGCUAUAAUUUGAUAUCAUUUAGACCAUUUAUCCUGGAAUGGAAUCUGAAUACCAGAGUUUUCAUGGAGAGUGGAAUACACUCAAGUUGGCUGUCUCUUGAAUGCUGAGUGCUGGAUUCUGAGCUCACUACUAGAGAUACCUUGUCCAUGAAGCCUGACUUGAGUGGCCCCUGAGACAGGAACUGAUUUCAGCUUUGCCAUGUAACACUUCACAUUCAGAUCUCUGCAUCACAGUAAACGGCUGUUAAAGAUGCAAUUCAUGGUUUUUAAUGUGUUGAGAGUGGUAAAAAACAAAACAUGCUGAGUUCACCACUGGAUGUGCCAUCCAGAGUCUCCUCCCUCCCGGCAGAGUUGACAUUGAUGAGUGAGGUCAUGACCACCAUUACCAGCAUGGGUUUGUCAGACUGUUCCAGUCCCUAUCUGCCUGAUAUCUCAGGACACAGAAAGCCAAGAAUGUAAGCGAUCAUCUCUGUCCAUGAUUUUACAGUUUUCAUCCAUCAUUGAUUCUUAGGGGAAGAGUUCCUUUCUCUAGUGCCCGGUUGAUGCCAAAGCUCUCUGUCUGCAUCUAUUUGUAAGGUGAUCCAUGUGGGGGGAAGUGUGGGCCACUGGUGAAAAGUGCCUAAAACAGUCAUUGUGGGUCAACAGUGCUGUGUUGAGGGGCAUGGCUGGAUGGUUGUCAAACAUGGGCUUUGUAAAAAUACUGCCACCCAUUUUAUUGACUGGGUUUCUCAGGUGACUAAAACCUCCCCCAUGAGUCAUUUCCUAUCUACCCCCAUCCCGAGCUAGCACUGGGGUUUGAACUUUUCCUGACCCUUCUUUCCUUAGGUCUGCCGACUAACCAUCUCAGGAGUACAGGCAGGGGCCGGAGCUUGGCCAGCCAGGGCCUCUCUCCCAGUUCCUUUCUCUAGAUGAACUUGGAUUCUUCCUAACCAGGGCUUGACCUGGGUGCUGUUGGUCCUAACAGCCAAUGACACAUCUCUGGCCGCAUUGGAUUCUCACUGGAUUUUAUAGACAUUCUACCACAGACUUUAAAAUGCGGCUCUUACUCCAAAGGGCUUGUGUCUUUUCCUACAUGUCAAGUCAGAUUGAAAACUAUUUUAUAACCACAAUAUGUAAUCCAAGUAAAUAGAGUAUUUUCAGAUAUAUACUGUGUUUCAUACUUUUAUGUAGGGUGUGCUGUGUAUGGGUGGUAUGUACCCUGGCUGAGGUAGCAUUAAUCAUUACUCUGGGGGAAUUUAUAGACCUUUUGCACUUUAUGCUUUUUUUUGUGAACUCUGAUAACCACAGUUAAUA